CCGUCCAUGCAUCAGUCUAGCUAGCCCCUGGAGCCCUGCAGAGAGUCAACGAACAACUACCGGUGGAGUGAGAGAAAAGGGAAACUCCCGUCUGCGUGUCUGUCACACUGAACGAAAACAAACGUGUUGGACUGAGUGAGAGCGCGCUGUCGAAAUAAACGAGGCAACAAUGUCUGAGGGAGUUAUCACCAGAAUGGGUCUUCUUCUGCUCAUCAUCAGCUCGACAAUGGCCCAGGACUGUUCCGAUCCCUGUGACUGCCCAUCGGAUCCCCCUCCAUGCCCGUUUGGUACCAGCCUGGUUCUGGAUGGCUGUGGUUGCUGCAAGGUGUGUGCCAGGCAAGCCGGCGAGCCCUGUACCCUCCUGGAGCCAUGUGACCACCACAAAGAGCUUUACUGUGAUUAUGCAAUGCUGAGUGACACCGAGCACGGCAUCUGCAUGUCCCAGGAAGGCCAGACGUGUGACCUGGGAGGGGUCAUCUACCGCAGUGGAGAGACCUUUCAGCCCAGCUGCAAGCACCAGUGUGUCUGUAUGAACGGAGAGAUCGGCUGCGUGCCAACCUGUGCCAACAACGUGCUGCUGGCCUCUCCAGACUGCCCGUACCCACGCCGCAUCCAGAUCCCUGGGAAGUGCUGUGAGGAGUGGGUGUGUGACCAGAGUCCUCAGGACAACUCCUACCAGUCAGCCAUGGCUGUCUACAGAAAGGAGUCGGCCCACGUGCCGGUCCCGGUGGAGAGCCCCAGGGAGAACUGCAUCGUCCAGACCACCAAAUGGGGCGAGUGCUCGGCCACUUGCGGCAUGGGCGUGUCGUACCGCGUCACCAACGACAACGAGCGGUGCCAGCUGGAGAGGCAGACCCGUGUCUGUAUGAUCCGGCCCUGCCACGUGGAGCAAGAGAAGGACAUCAAGAGGGGGAAGAAGUGUGUACGGACCCCCAAGUCCCCUCGAGGCAUUCGUUUCCAGCUGUCAGGCUGCAGUAGCAACAGGGUCUACAAGCCCAAGUUCUGUGGUGUGUGUACGGACGGGCGCUGCUGUACCCCCCACAGCACCGUCACCGCAGAGGUGGAGUUCCACUGUCCCGAGGGAGACGCCUUCAGACGCAAGAUGAUGUUCGUCAAGACGUGCUCCUGUCACCACGACUGUCCCCGAGACAAUGACAUCUUCCUGGCUUCGCACACACGCAGGAUGAUCGGGGACUAUGACAACGAUAUGUAAACGACGUGGCUGCUGUACGCACUGGACAGAUAACGUUACAUAUACAUAUACACACGCACGCACGCACACACAUACACACAUACACACAUACGCACGCAUGCACGCACGCACACACAUACACACAUACGCACGCACGCACACAAACACACACACAUACGCACGCAUGCACGCACACACACAUACACAUAUACACACGCACACACACACACAAGCACGGAUAAAACUCCUUCACAUCACUCCUCCACCACCCUCACACACUGAUAGGCAGGUCUUUGAAUUCCUGGACUGUGUCUCUACCUUACUACACAUAGGGAUGUCAACCUGGUUGUGAGACUGAAAAAAAAAGUGUGUGAUUUCAAGAUAUGAAGAAGUCGAGCAUGAGAUUAACUUUUUAGGUUUUAUUUUUAAAAUUUAAUUUAACCUUUUUUUUUUUUUUUAUGCGCAGCUCUAAAGUCACCUGACUCUUUGAUUGGCUCUUUGAUUGGUCUGUCUGUAUGUCUACAGAGAUACAGAAGGGUGGAUCUGACGCACUGAGGACUCAAUGUUAGAGACAAUGUGAGGCAAGAAUAUAUUUACUUACACUGCUUAAUUGCCAUGGGAACAUGACACGGUAGUGUACAGAUGAGAGGUAGGUAGCCUAUGCCAGUUUCUCCCAACUCCGUACCCCCAACAGCACACGUUGUUUUAGCUCAGGACAAAAACACCUGAUUCAACUUGUCAAGGGAUUGAUUAUUAGUUAACAAGUAGAAUCAGAUGUGCUUGUCCGGGGCCACAACAAAAAAUAUGUCCUAGGUUGAGGGCGCACUGAACGGAGAGGCACUUACUGAACCAAAUUUCACAUCUUGACAGAAAAUUUUAGAAUACGACAUUUAAAAAAUAUAUAUUUUUCAUAUGUUAAAGAUGAACAAUACAGAAAUUGUUUGGAUAUAUUGUAGUACUGGUACGUGCCUUGACAUCUGUAUAAUAUUGAUUGAAUAUAUGUAAUUAUAAUUAAGAAUGUCAAUAAUAUUGUUUACUGUUUAUUUAAAAAAAAUAAAAGAAGGAAUGAAAUGAAAGAAAGAAAUUUGGCAUUUAACGAAAACACCUUGUGUAAAUACUGAAAGACUGUGUACAAUUUAGUACUAUAAUUUAUUACCUGGUUGUUGUUUAAUUAAUAACACCAUGUUGAAGGAUGUUGUUUAAUUAAUAACACCAUGUUGAAGGUUGUUGUUUCAUUAAUAACACCAUGUUGAAGGUUGUUGUUUCAUUAAUAACACCAUGUUGAAGGUUGGCGUUGUUUCAUUAAUAACACCACGUUGAAGGUUGUUUCAUUAAUAACACCAUGUUGAAGGUUGUUGUUUCAUUAAUAACACCAUGUUGAAGGUUGUUGUUUCAUUAAUAACACCAUGUUGAAGGUUGUUGUUGUUUAAUUAAUAACCCCAUGUUGAAGGUUGUUGUUGUAUAAUUAAUAUCACCAUGUUGAAGGUUGUUGUUUAAUUAAUAACACCAUGUUGAAGGUUGUUGUUUAAUUAAUAACACCAUGUUGAAGGUUGUUGUUGUUUAAUUAAUAACCCCAUGUUGAAGGUUGUUGUAUAAUUAAUAUCACCAUGUUGAAGGUUGUUGUUUAAUUAAUAACACCAUGUUGAAGGUUGUUGUUUAAUUAAUAACACCGUGUUGAAGGUUGUUGUUGUUUAAUUAAUAACACCAUGUUGAAGGUUGUUGUUGUUUAAUUAAUAACACCAUGUUGAAGGUUGUUGUUGUUUAAUUAAUAACACCAUGUUGAAGGUUGUUGUUGUUUAAUUAAUAACCCCAUGUUGAAGGAUGUUGUUUAAUUAAUAACACCAUGUUGAAGGUUGUUGUUGUUUAAUUAAUAACCCCAUGUUGAAGGAUGUUGUUUAAUUAAUAACACCAUGUUGAAGGUUGUUGUUUCAUUAAUAACCCCAUGUUGAAGGUUGUUGUUUCAUUAAUAACACCAUGUUGAAGGUUGUUGUUUAAUUAAUAACACCAUGUUGAAGGUUGUUGUUGUUUAAUUAAUAACCCCAUGUUGAAGGUUGUUGUUUCAUUAAUAACACCAUGUUGAAAGUUGUUGUUUAAUUAAUAACACCAUGUUGAAGGUUGUUGUUGUUUAAUUAAUAACCCCAUGUUGAAGGUUGUUGUUUCAUUAAUAACACCAUGUUGAAGGUUGUUGUUUAAUUAAUAACACCAUGUUGAAGGAUGUUGUUUAAUUAAUAACCCCAUGUUGAAGGUUGUUGUUGUAUUAUACUGUAUCAUACUUCUUUUUCAUUGUAACCACCUGGCCAAGACACAAGUGAGUUCCUAUUUGUUGCACUUUUGUCUAUAUCCAAUUAAAUAAAAUAUAUUUUUUAUACAUCAA